AAUUGGUGCUUCGCAGGAUCUUCGGUUCUGGAAUGUGACGAAACUAGCUUACUGUAUAGAAAUGAUUACAGAUAGAUGCAAAUGUGUUUCGUGAUUCAUAAAUUAGACGUAAAACUGUGUAAAAUGUGUUGAACUGAAAAAUCCUUUCAAUUUAAUGAAUAUUUUAUUCUAGGCGAUCUAAAAGAUUCGAAAAUUUAUCUCGACCCCGUCACGAUGGAUACCGCAUAUUCGGCUGAAAUCAUCAACAAGUUUAGCAACAUGAAGCUUCGUAAGGAACCUGAGUACGGAAAACUAAGUCCGGAGCAAACUCUAGACGUCUUCGAGCCUUUGGAUAAUAGACCGAACUCAUCCUUCAUUCCUGCCGUCUGCAAUUUUCAAACAGCUCGAAAGAUGGCGCAAGAGAAUUUAGAACAUCAACCUCUACCAGAUGCUGUAAUGGACAUUGCGUUUCGAAAAGCACAAGUGGCUGGAUCAUCUAACCCUGGGGUAGCCCUAGAAGUUGGGCCAUAUGCGACUGGUGUAGGUUGCAAAAAUUACAAAGCUGGGCCAACAAAAUGUACUAAGUAUAGGGUGUACAGACCAAAAACAAGUGGUGUAGUCCCAAAACCUCUCAGUGCAUCUGGAAUGAAUGAAAAAAUGCCUAAAUUCAAAAAACGAGAAAAUGCAUGUGCCAUGGAUUUGGCCAUUGGAUGGGACUACCGUACUAAGCGUGACCCGAACUAUGGUAUUUAUUUAGAUGGAUCUAAAGCAUCGGUAGCACCACCUAUUUUUGAAGUCGUUGAAUCGCCAAAAGAACUCAAUUUACCUAACGUCGUUCAUUCUGGAGGGGUGUUCUCCAACACGCUUGGAGAGAAGGACUUCUUUGAUCGUGAUAUUAUUCGCCAACAUGACGACUAUACUAAAAACUAUAAUUUAGCCAACCGAUGCAAGUGUAAUGAUAGUGCCGCAUCGAAGUCAACUAAAUCGGAGAGACUAGGGAAUAGACAUAAUAUCAGUUCUAAUAGUGAGAUGGAUACACGGGAAUGUGCAGACUUACCGAACUUGGUCGAUCAGCGGAAUAAAACGGCACCAAGUAAAAGGCAGCCAGCUGAUCAGGAAGUUUGCGUGCAUAGUUCAGCACAGCGUACACCAAGCGAAAAGCAGAAGGAUUGCAAAAUUCCUCGCAUGUGUCAUAAUUCACAUCAGGAUGAAAUCACGUACAAAGUGCAACACGAAUUUAGAUGUGCAUUCAAAGCGGGAAUUCCCCAAAGUAAUUCAUCAGGAACGGUUGCCAGCUUUGAUAGUGGGAUUUCAAACUGUUAUCAGAAAAACAACACAAAGAAGUUAAUUAUCCCUAAACCCAGAAACCCGUACAUAAAGAAGAACUAUAUUAUUGACACAUUGGCGCCUCCAUUCGCUUUUUGGAAAAAAGGGUCAGGUUAUCCGGAUUAUUGGCGUUUAGUAAGUGUGUAUCAACAUGCAUAUAAGCCAGCAGAAAAGCGCAAAUAUCCACUGUUAAAAACUGUUUAUCAAUAGAAGUCCUUCUUUA